AUGCCUCAUAUCCGCCUCAACUCGGGCCGCCAGGACCCAUUCAUUGAGACAAACGAAGGCUACGAGCCCCUGGCGGCCGUGGAUUCGACAGAGUCGCACCCGGAGCCACGGGCUCUGACGCCAGCAAACCCAGACGCAGCCAUCGUUUUGGGUGCGCAGGGAAUAUCGCCGUACGGGAUAUCAAACGCUCCCGCUUCAGCGGAGUUCUUGCUCCCUCCGAGACUGCGCCCAUCGUCUCGCAGCGAGGUGGACCGCCCGCAUUCGCCGGAUCGUUGGUCUUUUAGCCGGUCUAGCGUCAGCUCAGACCAGAUCAGCCGCGAGAAUUGCAUGCCGCUCAGUCCGUUUGAGGACUCGCGCGCGCCUUCGCGUUCCGGGAGUGAUGAGUAUGAUGUCAACACACAGACAGUCUCGGAGAAGUUCAAUAUCAUGCCGACGGAUGGGUUGCUUUUGUUCCCUGAGGACGUGGAAAAGGACGACUAUCUACAUAACCCGGACCCUGCGGACAAGGACCGUGACUGUGAUGUCUGCAAUCGUCGAGGUAUUUUGAAUGUGGGCGGCUUGGUGAUAUUGACAUUGGGCAUUUUGACACUUUUUGUUGGAUAUCCUAUCAUAACGUGGGUGGAAGGGAUACUCAAACGCGGGCACGUUUGCCAACCGGGCGAUACUUUGUGUCUCGAUGUUGGAGAACGACCGCUGCUCCAGAAUAUCCGAAAAGGAUUGAUCGAUCCAGACACGCCGGAGGAUGCAAUGUACAAGAGGAACGCAGAUGGCAAGAUGUGGCAGCUUGUGUUCUCUGAUGAAUUCAACACCCCUGGCCGCACAUUCUACGACGAUGAUGAUCCUUUUUUCCAAGCAGUGGAUCUUUGGUAUGGCGUCACGGCCGAUAAAGAGUGGUACGAUCCCGAUGCAGUGACCACCUCCGAGGGAGUGCUAGAGCUUCGAUUCGACAAUUUCGAGAAUCAUGACUUGCAAUACCGAUCUGGAAUGGUUCAGAGCUGGAACAAGCUCUGCUUCAAGGGCGGCCGUCUGGAGGCCAGCAUGUCCCUGCCAGGCGACGGACAUGUCGAGGGUUUCUGGCCUGGUUUCUGGGCGAUGGGCAAUCUGGCUCGUCCUGGGUACGCCGCUACCACGGACGGCAUGUGGCCAUACAGCUAUCACGACGGCUGCGACGCUGGCAUCACCCCGAACCAGAGUGCACCGGACGGACUCAACUUUCUUCCAGGCAUGCGGUUGCCUGGCUGCACUUGCCCCAAUUCCGACCACCCUUCCCCGGGACAUGCACGCAGUGCUCCUGAAAUCGACGUGAUUGAAGGUAGUACUGCGCCUCUUCAGGGGAGCUACGGACCGUACGUUGGUAGUGCAUCUCAGAGUUUGCAAGCUGCACCUUUUGAUCUUUGGUACAUGCCAGACUAUGAUUACACUGCCGUGUACAAUCCCCAGGUCACUCAAAUAAACCCUUACCGCGGCGGCGUUUACCAGCAAGCCAUGUCCGGAUUGACCAACCUGAACACACGCUGGUUCAACGGCACAGAGUACCAGGAGUACGCCUUCGAGUACAAGCCCGGUGCGGACGGCCAGGUGACCUGGUUCGUCGGCGCAGACAAGACAUGGACACUGGACGGGCGGGCCAUUGGGCCCAAUGGCAACAUCGGGCAGCGCAUGGUGCCGCUAGAGCCCAUGUCGCUGGUGAUGAACCUGGGCAUGGCAGACAACUUUGCUCCCCAGAACAAGACUAUUCGCGAGUAUAUGCCUGCGUUCCUCCGCUUUGACUAUGUUCGCAUCUACCAAGACCCGGACGAGAUUAGCGUCACCUGUGACCCGCCGGGCUAUGAGACGACAGGGUAUAUCGAGGCCCAUAAGAAAGCCUAUCUUAAUCAGAACCUGACUUCUUGGGCGGAUGCCGGGUACCACUGGCCGAAGAACCACUUCAUGCAUGGAUGCUAG